AUGGCUUCCGCCUCCGCCCAUCGCACUAUGGCCGUGGUAUUCGCAUUCAUCCUGUUGUGCCAGUCGGGUGCAGCUUGGUCCAUCUCCAAGACCGUCCACAACCCUCCGCCGCAAGCUGUCAUUGAGCCAAAUAUCACAUUCAGCGAGGCAAUGGCGAACGUUCAGCAUCAUAUUCACAACAUCGAACGCAUGCCUUCGUGUAAGAAGCUGGCUUCGAAGCACCUUGUUCACUCCUGCCAGUCCUACAACGGACAGAGCGACCACAGCACCGAUGAGGCUUUGGACACAUUUCAGAAAUUGUUCGCCAUCCGCAUGACAUACUGCGAACUGUCUGACGCCCAGCAAGAGAUGCCAGGCGUAUGUCAGCCGCUCUUGGCUCCUGGUGUCGGCGUGCACGUCCCAAAAAAGCUCCUGGAGGAUUGUCUCGGAGACCUCUUCGUCGGCAGCAGUCAAUGGACAACAUACACCUCAAUCAAAACCAAUGGCCUGGUCAUGUGUCUCAGCAUGCGUUCUGAGGCCGACAAGGAAGAGUCGCUUGAGUUCUACCGAGCGUUGCAGAAUACCAUGUUCAGUUUCGGCCAGGCCCUGGUCGUGCACAAAGACGACCUCGGAUCGCUCAAAGCCGACUUUCACAACCUCAGCAGCGGCAUGCGAGACUUUUACAACGACCUUCACACAGACAACGAAGUCAUGAAAUCUGAGAUGCGAGCCUCGUGGUAUUCUCUCCAGGACGACAUGCAAGACAUCAAUUCCCACGUUGAGUCCCUCAAAGACACGAUGGCCGCCGCCAAUGCUGGUUUCCAAGACUAUUCUUCUCACGUGGGCGCCGUCAUCGAACAGACCACAUCUCUCAGUGCUCAGUCCACCGUACAACACGCGGCUGAGUUGGAAAACAUUCGUCAUGACUUUGAACAAUUUCGCGAACGCUUCGGUUUCCAGAAUCAGCAACUGCUCGACGAUUUCCACUCGAAAGUGUUCGCAGCUUUCCAGAGCGUCGAUGUCGCCAACGACCGGACUAGCGAUCUGGCCUCUCGCCUUGGCGAAAUCUACGUCGGACUCGACGCCCCCCUUACGAAGAUCGGUAUUCUCAAUACUCAAGCCGACAAUCUGGUGCUCACUCAACAAGAUCUUUCGGAUAACAUCGUCGAACUCAAGACGAUCUCCCAGAGUACACUGGAACAGAUGCAGACUGUCGAGAGCAGUGUGCGAGACAUGGCGGGCUUUCUCGCCAAAACGAUCGACCUUAUCAAGGACAACUGCCCAGUCACAUUCGCGAAAAGCGUGCAUCGGCAAUUCCCGGACUUCUUCAUCACAAAGGAGUUGAGUAUCCUGGUGGUGGCGAUGGGUGCCAGCGCUCUGACCUGGGGACUGAUUUGGGCGUGGGACAAAGUCACAGGUCGUCGCGCACCAAAGGGAGUGUUGUUUGGCGAGGACAGCGAGGGUGGUUGGGAGAACAAGUACUGA